GGGCAGGCGGCGGGAGCAGCAGCCGGGCCCGGCCCGGCCCAGCUCGGCCCAGCAUGGCCAAGCACCAUCGCACCCCGGCGCGGAGCCCGGAGCCCGUCAUCGAGGUGAAGAGCAAGUUUGACGCCGAGUUCCGCCGCUUUGCUAUGAAACGCUCCAGUGUGGGCGGCUUCCAGGAGUUCUACCAGCUGAUCCAGACGGUCCACCAGAUCCCCUGCGUGGAUGUGUUGUUGGGGUACACGGACGUUCACGGGGACUUGCUGCCCAUCAACAAUGACGAUAACUACCACAAGGCGCUCUCCUCCGCCAACCCGCUGCUCAGGAUCAUCAUCCAGAAGAGGGCAGAAGCCGACUCCAGCGUCUUUGCCUCCAACUCCCUGCAGCGGAAGAAGAAGGGGCUGCUGCGGCCAGCGCACCACCGGUCCAAGCCGCAGCUGCUGAUCGGCCUGCCCCAGGACUUCCGGCAGAUCUCCUCCGUCAUCGACGUGGACAUCCUGCCCGAGACGCACCGGCGCGUCCGGCUGCACAAGCACGGCUCCGACAAGCCGCUGGGCUUCUACAUCCGCGACGGCGUCAGCGUGCGCGUGGCCCCCCAGGGCGUCGAGAAGGUGCCCGGCAUCUUCAUCUCCCGCCUGGUGAAGGGCGGGCUGGCCGAGAGCACGGGGCUGCUGGCCGUCAGCGACGAGAUCCUGGAGGUGAACGGCAUCGACGUGGCCGGCAAGUCGCUGGACCAGGUGACGGACAUGAUGGUGGCCAACAGCCACAACCUCAUCGUCACCGUCAAGCCGGCCAACCAGCGCAACAACGUCAUCCGCAGCAGCAAGGCCUCGGGCAGCUCGGGCGUCUCGACGGACAGCACGCCCAGCCCCGCCUCCCACUACCUGAGCCACUACAGCACGGCCGAGGGCGAGAGCGACGAGGAGGGGGACCUGGUCAUCGAGAGCGACGGCGCCGCCCGCUGCCCCAACGGCGGCCUCCUGGACCAGAGCUGCCAGCAGAUCCUGGCGCUGCCCGGCUCCCUGCACUCGCUGGGCAGUGCCAAUGGCAGCCGCGGGGGCAGCCUGCAGGAGGACGGCACGCUCCUCACCCUAUAG